AUGGGUGAGAUAUUCUCCCAGCUGGGCUCUCAGGAGGAUGAAAAGAAGCCCAUCCUACCCCCUGCCUCAGCCAUUGUCAGCAAGGCUGCCGGAUACGCCAGCAAGGGUAGCAGCAAGUGUUUUCCUUCCCCUGCGUCUUGUGAAAGGGCUGCUGGUGCCAGCUGUGUGACUUGUCCCACCUGCCAGGGCAGUGGGGAGAUCCCUCCAGAGCUAGAGAAGCAGCUGGUGGCCCUCAUCCCCUAUGGGGACCAGAGGCUGAAGCCUAGGCACACGAAGCUCUCCGUGUUCCUGGCGGUGCUCAUCUGCCUCGUGACCACCUCCCUCGUCGUCUUUUUCCUGUUUCCCCGGCCCAUCACCGUGCGGCCUGCGGGCCUCAACUCCUCCACCGUGGCCUUUGACAAGUCUGAUAUCCACCUCAACAUAACGAACAUCUUGAACAUCUCCAACAGCAACUACUGCCCCAUCACUGUGACACAGCUAACCAUCAAGGUUCUGCACCUGUCCCUCGUGGUGGGCCAGGUCUCCCACAGCCUGCUCCUGCACAUAGGCCCUUUGGCCAGUGAGCAGGUGUUUUAUGCAGUAGCCAACAAGAUCUUGGAUGAAAGCACAUACAAAAUCUGUAGCUGGCUCAAAAUCAAAGUCCACCAUGUGCUUUUGCACAUCCAGGGCACCGUGACCUGUACCUACAUGAGCCAUUCAGAGCAGCUGGUCUUCCAGAGCCAUGAAUAUGUGGACUGCCGGGGAAACAUGUCAGUGCCCCACGUGCCUCACCUUCCGUGACCUCUCUGCCGUCUCCAAAGUCUAGGCACCUGCCAGCCUGCUCCGUGUCUCUCAGCUCCAUGGUGCCCAAUGAAGGACUAGGGUGACUUUGCCAAAGGCAAAGCACUGCUCUAUCAUACCCUCCCGUCCCCCGCCGCAUACACACCCCCUCAGCACAGGAAGCUUUCUGUGGAAGUUAAGUGUACACACACACACACACACUCACAGCGAUAUCCUGAUUUCCACAGGAACAGAGGCCUGGCUCUUCUAGGGGCCGCCCCCAGGUUUUCCCCUUGGUCUGUUGAGGAAAGUUGGACCUGAUGUUUCCUUGGAGUCCCCGGAGGGGCUCCUCCCCUUUCUUGCCCAGCUUCUCAGGUCGAGCCUUCCUCCUGCCUCAGGAUGGAGAAAGCUUUCCUUGUAUCUGGCUUUAAAAACAUGAAUUCUUUCCAGGUUCUCCACCUAGUGAUAGGAAAGCAACUGGGGGACAUUCAGUGCUGUCUCCAGGGUCAUUUAGGGUAUGCGGGUGCUCUCCUGUGCCUCCCUGCUUUGGUCGUGUGACAAAGUGAUGGUGAUGGUCUGCUUCUCCCCAGGAAUUUGUCCCCUGCCCAUCUGACAGCUGGCUUGGCCCAGGCCCUUUGGUUCAGCACCCUUCCUGGGUAAAGGCUGUCCUUGUUCCCAGGAAGACAGCCAUUCUUCAGCCCAAGCUUCUCUCCGUAAAACAGCUUUAUUCUCUUCACCGCAGGAGAAAAUUACUGGGGGAGGAGAGGGGAGGGAGGGAGCGAUGCACCUGGCACCACUUGGGCCACAUGGGAAAGUCAGACA